AUGCUUCGGACCUCUUUGCGGUCUGUCUCAGGCCGUUCAAGCCGACAUGUUUGUCUCUCCUGUCUAGCGCGCCCUGGUACACUCGGUUUGCGCCAGUUUCAUCGCAUAUCUGCUCUCCGUACCGAUUCAGGUGAAACGAAGCCGGAAGUCAAUUUACUUGACGCGUCGAUCGAACCUCCAGCGCCAUUGCCGCCCAAUAGUCAGAUUCCAGAGACAAAAGAUGGCGCUUCUUCCACACCCCAGAAAUCUUCGAGGCAGCCUAACUCACCGAGAGUACUCACUGCUGCUGCAUGGGCUCAGAUGAAUAAAGUCCAACGGAAGAAUUACAAAUACAGGCAUCACGAGUUAUUCAACAAGUUCAAGCAGGCAAUGCUAGCCAACAGAGAAAUGUCACUAAAGGAAGCAGUGGAGUUAGAAAUUGCGCGGGCCAAAACAACCGAGCAAGAAGCAGCACCGCUGGAGGCCGCACUGUCAGAGGCGACCCCGUCAGAGGCAGCACGGGUGGAAGCAGAAAAAAUCAAGGCCUUGCAACAGAACACGAUUGCAACAGAAUUGGAAGCCCGACGGGAAAGAAAGGCCAAAUUCAAGGCAGAAAAAUGGUUGGCUAAUGCCAAACAUGAGGCUAAAACGUCGAAGGAAAAGGAGAAAGAAAGCCAACUCGAAGCCGAGAUUGCAACAGACGGUCCAGAAGAUACGUCAGCGGUCAGUGAACCCAAGAAGACGCUCAAAUUGAAGUCCAGUAAUGUGGUGGCCCAAAUAUUGGAAACUAGCUCCGAGAACGGUGUUGCAAGUCCAAAUGAGCCAUCACCCAAGGUCGAGAAAGAGGAGAAGGAGGAAAAGGAAGAGAAGGUGAUGGAGGAUGUGUGGCUUUCCGAGGAUAGGAGUCAAUCUCUUCCUUUCCUUGAGGGUCACGUUACAUCUAGGGACACUGGGUCUCUUAACUCAAAAGACAAGAGCCUGCAAUUGAAAGAGGUGCGUACCCCCAUGCCUCCUGUCCCACGCGUCGCCUUUGGUCUCGAUCGAGUGCUUUUCAACCCCGGUGUCUACCAGCUGCGCGACCCUCGGUCUCUUGUCUACAAUUUCGACCCCUACCUAGACCAGAUCAUGCCCGUGUCGGAAUUCGACUUUGAUACCUUGAAGCCGUACGUCACCUCCUCUAAAGAUGUGACGGCUUGCGAAAUGACCAAAAAACAUGAGAAGAAGUACUAUGGCUCGUCGUCGAGCAUGACUUCGGUUCUCUCUCAUUUCCAUUAUCUUCUCUCCGCGUGGCGGCCUGUCGACACUUCCAAACUUACUCAGAGUUACGGAGAUCCUCUACGCUCCUUCACCCGUCUCCUUCGAGCACCAACUGCCAUGUUCCUCCGUUAUAAUGAGAAGGAGGAUAUCUACGCCAUUGAUGCCGACAAGGAAUACGACACGGCUAACAUCCUUAUGCACCUGGGCAAGUCAAUGGAGAAACAACUCACGCUGCCAAAGGAAAAGUUUGAGCGCUACCGCCGCAGCGAUGCGAACAAGAUCACCGCCGAGGAAGAAGCAAGCGUUCCGGAGUCAUACCACUACAGUACCAUAGGCAAAUUCCUCAUGCGAUCGCAACUUGACGCCUACGACCCCAGACUGCCAGGUACUGGCAUGUUCGACUUGAAAACACGUGCGGUAGUUUCGAUCCGCAUGGAACCCGCGGAGCACCAGCGCGGAAUGGGCUACGAGAUCAGACGCCGCUUUGGCAAGUGGGAGUCUUACGAACGCGAAUACUUCGACAUGAUCCGCGCCGCAUUCCUUAAGUAUUCCCUGCAGGUACGCGUGGGUCGCAUGGACGGCAUCUUUGUCGCGUAUCACAACACCGAACGCAUUUUUGGUUUCCAAUAUAUCACCCUCGAAGAGAUGGAUGAGGCUUUACAUGGCACGUCCAACACAGAACUCGGAGACACAGAAUUCGAACUGAGUCUCGGCCUGUGGGAGAAGAUUUUGGACAAGGCAACGGCAAAAUACCCCAAGCAGUCCCUGCGUUUCCACUUUGAGACCUGCAAUGGUUCCACUCCCUUCAUGCACAUCAUUGCCCAGCCCGUGACGGAGGAACAAAUCGACGCCAUCCAGUCAAAGAACCAAGCCCAAGUCGAUGCCAUCACGGAACGCCUCUUCUACCCGGAUCGGUUCGAAAACUGCGAGAUGACGGAAUCAGCCGAAUCCAAACCCGUAUCUCCAAAAGAGAAUACCGAAGCCGAAGCAGACAAGACCGAAGCAGAUAAGAAGACCGAAGCGAAAUCCAUCGGCGAUUCCCUGGCCGACGCCCUCUUCCCAAUAGACCCGGCCGACAGCACUGUCGAGCAAAGCGCCGAGCCAGAACACGAUACCACGAGCGAGCUCCCCGGCCUCAGCCCAGACUCCAAGGCGGGAUCCAAGCCCAAACGAAAGCCCAAAUUCGUGCCCAACCCCGAAUUAUCCGCCGAUUACGACGAGAACCUACUCGCUAUGACACUCGUCAUAACCAACAAAGUGAACGGGGUUCGAGUGGAGCGGCCGGGACACUUUACCCAGUCUGACAAAUGGACGAUUGAUUAUGAGCUCGACGAGAUUGAUGUGGUUCAGGGCAAUCAUACUCUACAGGCGAUCAAGAAGCGUCGCAAUCUUGUUCUAAGAAAGAACGUGCAAGAUCAUUCGAAUGACUUCUUCGCAAAUUUGCAAAGGCUAUCUGAGAAAGGACGUGCUUUCCGGAAGCGUUUGAAUAAGAUUGACCGUGACCGUGGGAUUCUUGUUUAUAAGGAUUCUUGUGAUAUGGAUGUUUAA